AUUCGGUGAUUAAGUUUCCGAAAUCCCAUUCUUCCCACAUAGAUACCAUUUUAUGAACUUUCCUCAUAUUCCUUACUUGUCAUUUUCCCAUUUUUCCAGUCUUUUAUAUACUCACACAGCACAUUGAAGAAGUCGAAUCUCUUUAGCCUCAACCUUCCGACCAAUAAAAAGCUCAAUAUAAAUUAAUUCCAUAGAAACAAGAAGGAGAAGAGGAGGAAGAAGAUUAGAAGAAGGAAAGAAGAGAUGGAGAUGAGUGGUUUACAAAGGUCUACAACGUCGUUUAGGAGACAAGGGUCGUCGGGGUUAGUAUGGAAUGACAAGUUUUUAUCAGGAGACUUGAACCGAAUGAAUCUUAAUAAUAAUAACAAUCAAGAAAAUAUGAUAAGACGUAGCCAAUCGGACGGAGGCGGUGGACAUAUGUACCGGACAAUGAAUGCGGCAUCGCCUAGCGUGGACCCUCCUUCCCCUAAGGUCUCCGGUUGUGGGUUUUGUGGGGUUUUUGGCAAACCGGUCGCAACCAAGAAAAGAAGAUCAAACAAAAGUAAGUCAUGAUCAUAUAUAUAGCUUCAUUUUGUACAUGUUCUGAGUAUGCUAGAGGGCAUUCCAAUUCCAAUUAUGUGUGAUUUUUUUAGGGGUUAAAUUUCCUCACAUGGAGAAUUCCAGUUGAAAAUUAUAUUGUGAAAUAGAAAAAAAUGGUGUAUAACAGCACAAACCUCGAACUUACAUGUUUGGUUUGUUUUCAACAUCUUAUGUUUCAUGGGAUAUUGUUCUAGAGAUGGUUUUCUUUCAGAGCUUUGUGUUGAUUUCUUUUGUUUAAUACCUUUCUAUAGUUUUGGUCUUAAAAAUUUUAUGCAUUUGAGUUUGUAAAGACCAAAAAAAUUUCAGACCCCUCUCUGCUCUGGGAGUUAUGUAAAGGACAAAUCAAUCCAGCCAUUAAAACAUAGCUAGCUCUCAAUCUAUCAGCAGCCACAGAGGGGCCAAGGGGGUCAGGUCUGGCUGGAAAUCAUGCCUUGAUUGAUCUAGGCUCCAAUUUUCACUUUUACCCUCUUUCAGAAUAAGAAAAAAAAAAGUCCAGGAGGAACAGAAAAAUACAAAGUGAAUUGACUUUAAAGAUGAUUCACUUAAUGUUCACUUUUACAAUGUUCUUUCAUUUACAAACUUGAUGCAGAGGAAAAUACAAAUUACCAUGCUGGUAAAAUAAUUAAGAACUAGAGAAAAGAAAAAGCAGGUAUCUAUA